UUUGUGAUCCUAUGGCUUUUCUAUAAGCACAGGGCCACCAGAGGGAGACGCAAAAACUAAACCACCGGAGAAAAAAAUAAAUAAAUAAAUAAAGAGGAAGGACGGUUGGAGAGGAAUCAGAACCGGAGGGAAAGGGAGGAGAGAAUAACGACGUGAGAAAUAUGGAAACCGGUGCCGCCGGUAGUGGCGGAGACGACUUCUCGUCGGGAUUUCCUUUUUCGGUGGUUUCCCAGUGGAACUUUGCAGUUUCUCGUCGGUACCAGUAUCUGCUGGACAAGUCGACUCCUCACGUCCUCAGGCGUUGGAUCUCGUUCGCCGUGAUCGCGGCCGUCUACGUCAUUCGCGUCGUUUUCAUCCAAGGAUUCUACAUCGUCUCCUACGGCCUCGGCAUCUACAUCCUUAACCUCCUCAUUGCCUUCCUCUCCCCUCAGGUUGAUCCCGAGAUCCAAGACCUCACCGAUGGCCCUACUCUUCCCACCAGAGGCUCCGAAGAGUUCCGCCCUUUUGUUCGCCGCCUUCCCGAGUUUAAGUUCUGGUAUUCCAUCACAAAAGCCUUCUGUAUUGCUUUUGUGAUGACAUUUUUUAGUGUGUUUGAUGUGCCUGUGUUUUGGCCGGUGCUACUUUUCUACUGGUUGAUGCUGUUCACACUCACAAUGAAGAAACAGAUACUGCACAUGGUCAAAUACAAAUAUGUACCCUUCUCAUUUGGCAAACAGCGCUACACCGGAAAGAAAGUAGUUUCAGCUGACAAUGCAAGCCUUCCUAGAGAUUGAAACUUCUGGUGGGUUGAGCAAUUGGUUGUGGAUGAUUAACGAUCCAAAGUUAUCCACUUUGUUAUUUAUGUACUUCCAUCUAACAGCUGAAGAUUUCUAUGGGCGUCAUAGGAUCAAGAGCUGCCUGGAAACCUAUUUUUUUCACUGCAUGUGAAAUUUUCCCAAAUGUUCAUCAGGCAAGCACUGAAAGGUUGUAACAAAGAUGCUUACUGUGGGAGAUGAAGUUGUUCUUUUAUACAUUUUUAUUUGUUUAGCUGCGAGAGAUUUUGUUACGCACUGCAAUGCUGCUUGAAUGGAUCAUACUAUACAUUAGGAGCAUCUGCGAUAGAGAAUGCCAUUCAAAGGAGACUUUCCAAUGACGUGUAGAAUUUAUAGUUGAAUAUGUUAAAUCGAGGCUUCAUUUUCUCUUGUUA